AAGAAUCAGAAAUUUUUUACAAUUAAUGUCAUCAUUUUAGAUUUAGGUCGGAGUUACAGGAAUUACGUUGUAAAACAUAGAAAAUUCGUUGCCACAAGCUAUACUUUUCGCUCUUUUCAGUUCUCUUUAUUUAUUAUCAUUGUUAAUAAAAGAAUAUUAAUAUAUAAAACCUUAGAUUAAAACCGAAGAUAUUUUUUAUAUUAUAAAUAACGGAAUAAGACGAAGUUUUCCUACAUGGCUACGUCUAAUUCACAAACAAAGACAAUACGUUUAACAGUCAUUGCAGCAGAUGGUCUAUAUAAGAGAGAUGUCUUUCGACUACCCGAUCCUUUUGCAGUAGUUACUGUUGACGGUGAACAAACACAUACUACUUCUGUUAUAAAAAAGACUUUAAAUCCAUAUUGGAACGAGAGCUUUGAUGUACAAGUAACAAAUCAAAGUGUCAUAGCUGUUCAAAUUUUUGACCAGAAAAAAUUUAAAAAGAAAGAUCAAGGAUUUUUGGGUGUAAUUAAUGUUCAAGUUGGUGAUGUGAUUGACGUUAAUUCUGCAGGAGGAGAUGAAAUGUUGACAAAAGAUUUGAAAAAAUCAAACGCAAAUGAAGUUGUGCAUGGUAAACUCAUUAUUAACCUAACCACAAAUGUGAGUGCACCACCUAACCAUCCUGGUUCACUUGGUAAUAUGAGAGCUUCAACAAGUCAGGAAAGAGGUGCCUCUUCAACGUCAGGACCAGGACCAAGAGAAGAUGGUUCGUCAGUACCAAUCAGUGCACAAAAUGGUGCAGGACCUUCAGGUACUACUAAUGGGGCUGCUGUAAACGGUAAUAGCCGACCAUUCAGUUCCUUUGAAGAUCAACAUGGACCAUUACCACCUGGUUGGGAACGUCGGGUUGAUCAUCUUGGACGUACAUAUUAUGUCGAUCAUAAUACUCGCACUACAACUUGGACAAGACCAUCAAUAAAUGCAACUUCAGCUCAACGAUUACAAGAGCAACAAAAUAUCACAGAAUUAGAACGUCGUCGUCAUAAUAAUCGUACACUUCCUGAAGGAGAACGGCCAACAGGUCCUUCUUCUGCGCAAAGCGCUUCAUCUACUUCAAUUUCAAAUUCAACUUCAGAAGCUUCUACAAGCACUACCCCCACCACAACAAAUGGAUUAACAGUUGGUCAGGGAGCUACAACUGCUGGAUAUGGUCCUUUACCUUCCGGUUGGGAACAAAGAACAACACCUGAAGGAAGACCAUAUUUCGUUGAUCAUAAUACCAGAACUACAACGUGGGUUGACCCUCGCAGACAACAAUACAUUAGAAUGUUUGGAGGCGGCGCCAGUGCUGGUGUCACUAUUCAACAACAACCCGUGUCUCAACUUGGUCCAUUACCAUCCGGAUGGGAAAUGCGUUUAACGAGCACUGCCAGAGUAUACUUUGUAGAUCAUAAUACAAAGACAACUACAUGGGAUGAUCCUCGAUUGCCUAGUAGUUUAGAUCAAAAUGUUCCCCAAUAUAAGAGGGAUUUCCGUAGAAAACUUAUUUAUUUCAGAUCUCAGCCUGCCCUUCGCCCUGUUCCAGGUCAAUGUCAUAUUAAAGUCCGACGUAAUCGUAUUUUUGAAGAUGCUUACAUAGAAAUUAUGAAACAACAACCACAGGAUUUGAAGAAACGACUGAUGAUUAAAUUUGAUGGAGAAGAUGGGUUGGAUUAUGGUGGUUUAUCCAGAGAGUUCUUCUUCUUGCUGUCUCAUGAAAUGUUCAAUCCUUUCUAUUGUCUUUUUGAAUAUUCGGCACAUGAUAAUUAUACUCUUCAAAUAAAUCCUCACUCGGGAAUUAAUCCUGAACAUCUGAAUUACUUUGAAUUUAUUGGAAGAGUUGUCGGUCUUGCUAUUUUCCAUCGACGAUUUUUAGAUGCUUUCUUUAUUACUUCAUUUUACAAAAUGAUUUUGAAGAAAAAAGUUGGUUUACAAGACAUGGAAAGUGUUGAUGCAGAUUUCUUUAGAAGUUUGACUUGGGCUUUGGAAAACGACAUCACUGAUGUGUUAGAUUUGACAUUUUCAACAGAAGAUGAUCGCUUCGGUGAGGUAGUAACUGUUGAUUUAAUAGAAGACGGUCGGAAUAAAGCAGUUACAGAAGACAACAAAAAAGAUUAUAUUGAAUAUAUUACGGAAUGGCGUAUUUCCAAACGUGUUGAGGAACAAUUCAAAUCAUUCAUGAAAGGGUUUAAUCAACUUAUACCACAAGAAUUAAUUGCUGUUUUCGAUGAACGUGAAUUAGAGUUAUUAAUUGGCGGUAUCGCAGAAAUCGAUGUUGAUGAUUGGAAGAAACACACUGAUUACAGAGGGUACACUGAGUCCGACGAAGUUAUAGUGUGGUUCUGGAAAUGCGUCCGAUCAUGGGAUUCUGAAAAGAAAUCUCGAUUAUUACAAUUUACUACUGGAACAUCUCGUAUUCCUGUGAAUGGUUUCAAGGAUUUACAAGGAAGUGAUGGUCCAAGACGAUUUACCAUUGAAAAAGCAGGAGAAGUUACCCAACUUCCAAAAAGUCAUACUUGCUUUAACCGAAUCGACUUGCCUCCAUAUAAAACUUAUGAAGCAUUGGUAUCUAAAUUAACAUUAGCAGUAGAAGAAACUGUAGGGUUUGGACAAGAAUAAAGAACUAAUUUAUUACUUAGUUUAUUGUUAUCAUGAUGUAGAUAUUAUUUUCCUGGGAUUAAACUGGACUCUUGUGAUUUUAUUAUUUGU